AGAGGAGGGGGUGCGGAGAGUUAGUGGAAACAAAGAAGCAAAAAGGUUGUAGCAGAAAUUGAACAACUUUCCAUCCUCUUAGUUUCUAUUCAGUUAGAAAAUUUUUAAAUGUUAGCAUUCGAGAGAAGAUUUGCACACUGCUUGGAGAAAAACACCAAGCUCUUCGAAUGUUUUCUCCAGAACAGAAAUAUUGACGCUAAUUUGUAUGGAGGUAUCAGGGUCUCGAAAUGAAUGCCCCAAGUAAACAGUUAUUCUUCCGCCAAACUUAUCUUGACUCAAAUUGUCAUGACAAUCCAACGACGAAAAAGUGCAUUAAAAAAAAUUGGAGACAAAUUCUCCGGGUGGCAAACAACUGGUGUUCUCUUGCUCCAGGGGUGGCAUUGCCACAAUGCAACCCCCUGGCUACGGGCCUUGAUCAAAACCCUAACAUGAAUUGCCAUAUUUUACGAAUGCCAAGUACAUCUCUAGCAAGGAAACGAAGCUGUCACUUGUGCUGUUUCCACGGUUCCACAAUGGUUUACACUUGGAUCGUGAUAGCAGCACAAACAACAUAUCUAGUGCACAUUGCAAAACAAGUUGUUUGCAGAUCAUAUUGAUAACAUAGUGUGUUUUAUUCAAUCAUGACUGUGUACUCACAGCGAGGUGCAAAGUGUCAGCUAUUCCAAGGAAACCGUCACCGUAUUCUGUGGUAAGGAUGGAAGUAAGGACAUCGUUUUUCAUACUUUGCCUGGUAUUUUUGUAUUUUACUGAUACCACAAGAGGUUGGUGGCUCUCUAGAAGGAGAAGACGAAGAUGCUCUCCAACAAACUGUCAAGUAACUGGUUGGUCAUCGUGGGGUACAUGUAGCUUUAGCUGUGGCAGCGCUGGGGUGCAAAGUAGGCAUCGCUCCGUCACCCGUAUACACAGCUGUGGGGGCAGCUGCUACCAUUUGUCAGAAGCAAGAGCUUGCAAUAGGAAAUGCUGUCCAGUUAACUGUGCUUGGAAUUGGGGUAAUUGGGGUGCAUGUCAAGGUUGUGGCACUGGAAGUAGAAGCAGGACUGUCGUUGUGUUGCGUAAUCCAUCAUGCGGGGGGACAACAUGUCCGAACUCAAGAAGCCAGUCACAGGCAUGUAACACUGGGAGAUGCUGCCCGGUGAAUUGCGCGGUCUCCUCUUGGGGUAGCUGGGGGUCAUGCAAUGCCCAAUGCGAGAAAAUGGGAGUUCGAUCACGAACAAGGACAGUUGUGACAGCUGUAUCGUGCAAUGGAACCCCUUGCCCAGGUCUCACACAGUACAACACGUGCAACGGACCAUGUUGCCUGAGGAAUUGUGUUUUGAGUGACUGGACAGUAUGGGGGACGUGCUCAGCCCCCGCAGGUCAAUGCAGUACGAAUUCAGGGACUCAUGCUAGAAGCAGAACUGUAGUUAGAGCACAGUCUUGUGGAGGCACCUGUUCUGCAUUGCAGGAAUCAAAAGCAUGUACACCAGUGCCUAUACAAUGCCAGGUUUCUCAAUGGAGCAGUUGGAGCACAUGUACACUGAAAAGUGGGUCUUGCGGAGCUGGCACUCAGGCCCGCACAAGAACGAUUGUCAGACAGCCAUACUGUGCCUCCGCUUGUCCAGCAACAACGGACAGAAGGGACUGCGUUCAUAGCUGCUGCCCGGUUGAUUGUACUCUGUCGCAAUGGACUGCAUGGGGAAAGUGCUCAGCAAACUGUGGCCAAGGAUCGCAAGUAAGGACACGCCAAGUGGCCACCCCUGCCAGUUGCGGUGGUGCCUGCAGCUCAGUCUUAUCCCAAGCCCAACAGUGCACCGUUGUUCAGAAAAUUGAUUGUCAGCUUGGUCCGUGGUCUAGUUGGUCUACAUGCAGCUCUGGUUGUGGCAACGGUCUUCAGCAACGAGCGCGCUCCAUAACGAGGCAACCAACUGCAUGUGGGUUGCCAUGUGGGAACCUAACCGAAACGAGGCAGUGUCAAAGCUACAGAGAGAACAGAGAUUGUCAGGUUAGCAGUUGGGCAGCUUGGGCACAAUGCAGCUCAAAUUGCUCAUAUGGAACUCAAGUUCGACUUCGAAACGUAAUCCAGACGAAGAGAUGUAAUGGAGCCAGCUGUCCCCCUUUGCAGCAAUCGAAAACUUGUGGGUUACCGAACGGUGGCUGUGGACAGCUUUGUCGAGAAGCAGAUGCGUCAUGUUACUGCUUGCCCGGUUACAAAUUGCGCAAUGGCACCCAUUGUGACAAGAAGGACUGCGGCAGGCCAGUCGCUGAUUAUUGCCCACCAGGAGAAGCAAAUGGAACUGUGUGCCGACCACCCUGGUUCACUUGCCCAAAUGGUGCUUCUGUUUUCCAAACCACAUGUACUGUUGGGUGCCCUUCUACAUAUCGACUGAAAGGGCUAGCUUCAGUAUCUUGUGAAGCCGAUGGCGAUUGGUCAGCGGGACAUAAAACAACGUACUGUAGACGUAUCAAUGACCCACCAUCAGAUAUUGUCCUCUCGGGUAGACAUGUUGUUCUUGAAAACAGUCCACCUGGUACACUUAUCGGCUUGCUUUCUUCUGUUGAUGUCAAUUCCAAAGACAACCACACUUACGUCUUGGUAUCUGAUGGUUUCUUGCAAGGGAAAUUCUUUAUCAUUGGAAACCAACUCUUGGCCCGGACUCCGUUUGAUUACGAGACUGAUGCAACAAGCUACUCCAUUGGAAUAACGAGUACUGACAACGGGAAUCCACCUCUGUCCUUCACCAAAUAUAUUACAGUCAACGUUGCUGAUGUGAACGAGCCUCCAAGUGAUAUUCUUAUUUCCAGCACGCAGAUUGCAGAAAACAGUGACGCGGGGUCUGUUGUUGGUGUACUUGAUACUCUCGAUGCAGAUGUAGGACAGAGAAAUGUUUACAAGCUCGUUGACUCGGCGAAUGGAAUGUUCAGGGUUCAAAACAACACACUUGAGGUGGCCAGGUCAAAUGGAAACUGCCUUGCUUCAGGUAGCCCAAAGUGCCCACUGAACUAUGAGAGUACGAAGCAAUACCAGAUUGAAGUUGAGAGUGCAGACGAUAGAACACCCUCAUUUAACAUCACGCGAAUGUUUAAUAUAACUGUAACGAACAGAAAUGAUCCGCCGUAUGAUAUAAGAAUUUCCAAGAAUACAGUCAAAGAGAAUGACCCUCAUGGCACUGUUGUCGGGCAGUUAAUUGCCAGCGAUGAAGAUGCGGGUCAAGCAGGGUCAAUGCGCUUUGCCCUCGUUAAUGACGAUGGAGGAAAAUUUGCAUUGACGAGUAAUGGAAGCGUAGUCAAAUCAAAAGAUAUUGAUUACGAGACUGACAAAUCUCAUGUGAUUGAGGUCAGAGCUACGGACAAUGGAUCACCUCCAGCAUCGAAUACUCAAAAAUUGACAAUUAUUGUUAUUGAUAUCAAUGAGCCUCCAGUAAACAUAACUAUUAGCCCACUUAAACCAUCAGUGCCAGAAAAUUCACCUGUCGGUACUGUUGUUGGAACUUUCGAGGCCUACGACAGCGACUUUACCACUGGCCUUAACCUCAUUUUGGAUGAUAAUGCUGGUGGAAGGUUUAAAAUUGCUGAUCGUCAGACCUGUAAAAAUGUGUCUUUGGAUGAUGCAAAAACAGUUUGUAGUGCCGAUUUGAUAGUCAGUGGUAGUUUGAAUUUUGAACAGUCAAAAUCGCACAAAGUAACAAUGCGAGCGGAAGAUCGAGGACAUUUUAUUCACAGAACCUUCAGCAUCGUCGUUGAAGAUACCAACGACCCGCCGUCAGAGUUGUUGAUAAAUGGUAAAGGAUAUGAAGACGUACGUGAAAACAGUCCUGGUGCAGUGGUCGGGAAGCUAUUUGCAGUCGACGAAGAUCACAAUCAGACACACCAGUUUUCUUUGAUUGAAAACAACGAUGGUGCAUUUGUGUUGGAAGACGAUAUGCUAAAACUUGCAUCGAAUUUCUCCUUUGACUAUGAAAACAAACGACUGUACACGGUGACUGUGAAUGUAACAGAUGAUGGUAUACCAGCCGCAUCAGUGCAGUUGAAAGUCGAUUUAAGAGUAACGAAUGUUAACGAGGAACCCACCGAUAUACAGCUGUCGGGUAGUUUCGUUGACGAGAAUUCGCCCGAAGAAACGGCUGUGGCGAAUAUAACUGUUACCGACCCGGACGACGCGUUACUGGCCGUGCCGAGAAGUUAUCAUUCGUGUAGGCUGCUCGAUAGUGCUGGUGGUAGGUUCAAGGUAGUGAAUCAGUUGUAUCUAGCUGUCGGUUCAGGUGAACUUAAUUUUGAGCGACAUUCUGUUCAUAUGAUUACUAUUGAAUGCUCGGAUGGGAAGCUGUCAGUUUCCAAGAGCUUCCCUAUCAACAUCAAUGAUAUAAAUGAACCACCAUCGGUGAUUAGACUGUCAAGAAACAAAGUCCCUGAAAAUGCUCAGAAUAAUAAACUCAUUGGCACUUUCUCAACGAUUGACCCGGAUAAUCUUGUCUCCGAGCGCCAGACGUUUAUAUACAGUGUUCCUAGCAACGAUUCACGUUUCCAAAUAACUACCAAUCAGUUAUUCAGCACAAUACCGUUUGACUUCGAGACAGAUCCAGUCUUAAUUGUGCAAGUAAUGGCAACAGACAACGGUGAUCCAGCACUAACCAAGGCUCAGAAUUUCCGUAUAGAGGUGACAGAUGAAAAUGAUGCACCAAAGGACAUUUCAAUAUCAAGUGACACUGUACCGGAAAACUGUGCUGAGAACACGGUAGUUGGUGCCCUGACCACCUCAGAUGAAGAUCUAAAUCAGCGUUUUACCUACAGUUUGGCGGACAGUGCAGAUGGGAGGUUCAAAAUAGAAGGAGAUUCUGUCAAGGUCGCUGUCUCAAAUGCAGAAUGUCUGAAGUAUGGCAAAACCUUUUGUCGUUUGAAUUUCGAAGAGCAAGCAAGUCAUACAAUUCAAGUCACAACAAUUGACAAUGGGAUGCCUUCCUUGUCCUUUACCAAGAAUAUAACUAUAUUUCUAAGAAAUGUCAAUGACAAGCCUCGUGACAUACGGUUAUCUAAUUACACUGUACCGGAGACUGCUCCAGUGAGUUAUGUUAUCGGACGGUUCACUGCUUCGGAUGAAGACAAGGGGCAAAUUUUGAAUUGCCUGCUGGUGGAAAACGAUGGUGGAAGAUUUGGUGUCGAUAGUAACUGCUAUUUGUACAAGGCUACGAAUGAAACGAAUUUCGAAACAAACAAAACACACAGCAUUACAGUUACAAUGAGGGACAAUGGAAGUCCACCGCUUGAGAUUGUGGCGAGUUUCCAGAUAGAAGUACUUGAUGUGAAUGAAGCACCAAUUAAAUCUACUAUUAAAAAUGACGGCGGGGAAUUGAAGUUCCCGGACGACAAUCCGGAAGUAGAAGAAAACUCUUCCAUUGGCACAGUUAUUGGAACAAUCUUUUCAUAUGAUAGUGAGCCUGUAGAGAAUCUAAGGUUUGUGUUGGAUGACAACGGUGCUGGUACAUUCAGCCUUGAUAAAAACAUUUUAUGCAGCAAUACAACCGGAAUGGUCGGAGCAAGAUCAAUGUGCUCGAUAAAGCUCCUCUUAAACAAAAAUGUGAAUUUUGAAGUUCAGUCAGUUUACAACAUAAUAAUUCGAACCAUUGAUAUGGAGGGACUUUUCCACGUGCAGCAGUUCACUGUGAAGGUUGUUGACAAAAAUGACGCACCAACUGGCAUUCUGAUUGGUGGAUUAAGCUACGCUAUUGUUCCCGAGAACCAACCAGGAACUAUGGUUGACGAAAUGACAACAAUCGAUGAAGAUCGCUCGCAAACUCACACGUACACAGUUUAUGGCAACAAUUCACAAAUGUAUGCUAUAUAUAAGACGUACCUAUUUCUUUCACGUGGCAAUGGGUUUAACUACGAAGAUAAGAGUUCUCACAUGAUAACACUGGGCACUGUUGAUUCAGGGCAGCCUCCAAUGAGCUUCAAUGGAACAUUCGAGCUGCGAGUACAAGACGUAAAUGAGGCUCCUACUGAUAUAGUACUGGAUAAAGCAACCGUGGACGAGAAUUCCCCAGUUGGCACUGGCAUCGGUAAUAUAUCAGUCUCAGAUCCAGACAACGAAGGAGCGCGAGGUGCUUGGCAAAGUCAUUCAUGUGCUAUUGCUUCCGGAGCAUCUGGUUUCCUUACGAUUGCAGGAAUGCAGCUUGUUGUAGCCCAUAACGGGAUCGAUUACGAAAAGACAAGUUACAUGAACAUAAGCAUCAGAUGCGAAGAUUCAGGCAGCCCUAAGCAAUUUUUGGAGAAGUCGCUCGUUAUCCAAGUUCAAGAUGUGAACGAGAAACCAUCAAAUAUCCUGUUAUCCAGUAACGUCAUUCCUGAGAAUACGCCGCCUGGAGGUAUAGCAAUGCUCUCAACAAUCGACCCAGACAAUACAAAUCCUGAAUCAUCUGAUGUACAGUCAUUCACCUACUCAAUUACAAACAGUGACUCUGAUUUACCCUUCGAGAUAUCUGGAAAUAUUCUACAAACAAGCAGAUCCCUUGAUUAUGAAAACCAGACCUCUUGGAUGCUGAAGAUACGCUCGGUGGAUGAUGGAACCCCACCAUUGUUCGUCGAUCAGGACUUUGUAAUCAAUAUAACCGACGUAAAUGAGCAGCCAUACGACAUUAUACUUGAUCAAUCCAUUGUGGAUGAGAACUGCCCUCUCGGAACGGUCGUUGGGUCUUUGUCAUCACAUGAUCCUGACAAUGGGCAAUCAUUCACAUACAGCUUGGUCGAUAACGCAGGGGGCUUGUUCCGUAUCCACAACAACCAGCUAAAGGUAGCAGUAGACAACAGGAAUUGCCUUGCAUACGGAGGUAACUUCUGCCGUAUCAACUUCGAGAAACAGCAGAGCGUUGAUAUUAGAGUGAAAACCGAAGACAACGGCACCCCGAAUCUAGGCUUUGAAAAAACGCUCACUUUUUCCAUUAGAGACAUCAACGAUAGGCCACGUGAUAUUCAACUCUCAGCCAAUUAUCUUCCUGAGAAUGCCACCAAAGGUUUCCAAAUUGGUAGUCUGACGGCGAAUGACGAAGAUGGACAGAAUAUUACAUUCAGAUUGACAAAUGAUGACAACGGAAGGUUUGCACUUUCCGGUGACGGUUUUGUUGUCAAAGCGAAGGACACUAAUUAUGAGAACGCAAAGACACACAAAAUAACGGUUGAAGCAAGUGACCAUGGAAACCCAGUUCUGACAAUUUCCAAAGAUUUUGUCAUUGUUGUGCAAGAUGUAAAUGAAGCUCCUACAAAGAUUGAAAUCACCUCAGACAGAGGCCAGAUUUCCUUCCCCAAAAAUUUACCUCGCGUAAACGAAAACACAGCUGUAGGCACGAUUGUUGGUACUUUACAUGCUUACGAUGAAGAUGCGGUUGAAAGUCUGAGGUUUUCCCUUGACGAUGACGGCAAUGGAACGUUUUCAGUAGACAAUACGGCUUCUUGCUCUAACUCCAGUGAUAGUGAAAAGACAUUACAUACAGUGUGUACAGCUCUUAUAAAAGUGGCUGGUGCUAUCAACUAUGAAGAAGACAGCACAAAGACGAUCAUAGUAAGAGUAGAGGACAACAAAGGGUUGCAUCAUUCGCAGCUCUUCUCCGUUGUAGUGAGGGAUCAGAAUGAUAGGCCAAGUGAUAUAUGGUUGAAUGGGCUUCAUACUGGAUAUGUUAACGAAAAUGAAGACAAUCAGCUGAUCGCAACUUUCGAGACCAUUGAUGAGGACAUUGGUCAGAGCUACAGUUAUCGAAUACUAAAUGAUGGCAGUGUGCCUUUCGUCAUAAGUGGGGGAAAGCUGUACACCGCACCACACGCAUCUCUCAACUAUGAAGCCAAGAACUCGUAUACAAUUGGAAUUGAAUCAACUGAUAACGGAAACCCUCCAAUGUCUUACCAGAGAAAUCUAACUGUUAAGGUUCUUGACAUAAACGAAGCACCAACUUCAUUAAGCCUUUCAAGUUUAUCCGUAAACGAAAAUAGUCCGGUUGGUACUUUGGUGGGCAACAUCUCUGUUAAUGACCCAGACAACGAGGGAAAAUUCAGUGGAAGACAAAAGGCAAUGUGCCGGGUAAUCGUUGAUACGUCAGCCUCAUUUGAGGUAAAAGAUGGUGUGAAAUUGGUCGUUAAAAGAGCGACAUUGAAUUACGAAAGGAAAGCAAGCUAUAGUAUGAGACUGCGAUGUGACGACAACGGAAUUCCGAGCAAAAGCAUAGAGAAAGAUGUUACUGUUAGGAUAUUGGACGUUAACGAGGCACCAACAAGCAUUAUCCUCUCUGCUGGGUCAGUGGCUGAAAAUGUCGGGCCAGUGACGAUCGGAAGGCUCGUUGUUACUGACGAAGAUACCACGCCACAGACAUUUACCUUCGCUAUCAUGAACAGGGGAGUGCCUCUGAAAAUUAUUGGAAACUCUCUGCAAACAACUCGGCCGCUGAACUACGAACAGCAAAAUGUGUACACAAUAUCCGUGAAAGCAAUCGAUCAAGGAAGUUUGAGCGUUGUUGAAAACUUCACCAUCCACGUUCAGGAUCGAAAUGACCGCCCAUCGUCUGUCCUUUUCACUGGAUCUCUUACACUUGAAGAGAAUUCGGCGCCAGGCGUGCUUGUUGCAACGGCAUCAGCUGUUGAUGAGGACUUCUAUCAGACGCAUACCUACUCUAUUACAGGAAUCGUUGGCUAUGGCGCCCAAACUGUGAUGCAACUACCUGGUUACUUCACAAUUGAGUCUUCAUCAGGGAGAAUAUCAUCAGUAUCAUCAACGAUAGACUAUGAAGAAUUCAAAGCUAUAAACAUCUCGGUGCUUGCAACAGAUAACGGGAUUCCCCCGUUAAGCAUCUCCAGCACCGUAACGAUCCGUGUGCGUGACGUCAAUCAUCCUCCUACAGACAUUAUUUUGAGUGGUAGACAAAUGGUUGUUGAGAACUCACCACAGAACACAGUCGUCGGCAAUUUGACAGUCGUAGAUCCUGAUAACAAAUUUGGUCCUAAGCAGACGUUUUCCUGUGUUCUGAAUAGGACAGCAAACACUGAUAUUCCCUUCACGAUUGCUAACAAGAUUAUGCUGAUCGUCUCUGGUGCUGUGAAUUACGAGAGACAACAGACCUUUUCACUUCAGGUAACCUGCAAAGAGGACCAUGUGAAUCCCUACAACAUAACCAAAACAUUUAUCAUCAAUGUUCAGAACAUAAAUGAACGGCCAACUUUCAACAUCUCAUCAAAGACUGUACCGGAAAACCAACACCCAGGAGCCUUUGUUGGGACUAUCGUUGCUAUAGACCCAGACAACGAGCUGACAUAUGUUGACAAUGUGACAAUCGAUUUAUUGCCUGGGCUUGAUUCAGCUGCUUUCCGAUUGGUUGGCGGCGCGUCACUGAUAACCAAUCAGCGAUUCGAUUACGAGACUAAGAGCAGAUUCUCUGUCAAGAUUCGCGCUACGGAUAAUGGAAGCCCUCCUCUUUCAACAGAACAAAUCCUAGAUAUAACGAUACAAGACGUCAAUGACCGUCCUCAAGAUAUCACCCUGUCUUCAACAAUUGUGGCGGAGAACUCGCCCUCUGGAACAAUUGUUGGUACUUUGAGCACAGUUGAUGAAGAUGCUGGACAAACUCAUAUCUUCAACCUCAUCAACAAUAUAGAUAAUUUGGCGAUACAUGGAAUGCAUCUUAUCGUAGCUGGAAAACUCGAUUUUGAAACAGAAGCAUCAAUCAGCAUAAUGAUAAAUGCGACUGAUUCCGGGAAUCCAGCGCUGAGUUUCCAAAAAUCUUUCAACAUAACCAUUACGGAUUCCAAUGAUGCACCAUCCGAUAUUGUCGUCACACUUUAUCCAGUACCAGAGAACAACACAGCUGACAGGGCCGUGGCUAAUCUUAAAGUAAUCGACGAAGAUCGAGAUCACAGAGUUCGCUCAUGCUCUGUUGUCAACAACCCUGGCUUCUUUUUCUUCAGAAGUGGAGCUAGUACCGAUACUGUCGAUAUGUGGAUCAGGGGAAGUGCUACCUUGGAUUUUGAGACUGCUCCAGUUAUCAAUGCAACAGUACAAUGCUUCGACAAUGGCUCACCAGCUUUAUCAGUGCAAAAACAGAUAAGCAUUGCUGUUAUUGAUUCCAAUGAUAAACCAACAGAAAUCUUGAUCAAUGGAGGAAGUCGGGUCUUGUUACCGGAGAAUUCACCACCAGAAGCAGUGGUUGGGCAGCUGACAUGCGUUGAUCAAGACAAAAGCCAGAAACACUCGUACACAAUGUAUUCCAAGGAUGACGUUUUCAUGAUUAAUGAGAAUUCUGUUCUUUUACGCGUGAGAAACGCGUCUCGGCUGGACUACGAGGCAUUGCCCGCUUCCAAGACCAUCCCAAUAACCAUAAAAGUGACUGAUAACGGCCAGCCUAGUUUGUCUUUAUCUGCCGACAUCCAAGUAGAAAUCACGGAUGUUAACGAGUUCCCAUCUAAUAUCCGUAUGGUGAACCUUGUUGGUAACGAGGUACCAGAAAACACAACGGUUGGCACACACAUUGGAGAACUUUUUGCCGAUAACCCAGAAGGAUUCAAACAACUUUUGACCUUUUCUGCAUUGAACUGGCGGGAUACAUUCCAAGUUGUCGAGACCCAUGGACCUGCUAAGGUAUCUUAUUUAGCCCUUAAAAAAGAACUUGAUUUUGAUACAGUUCAGAAUUAUAAUCUAAGCCUGAAUGUUAGUGAUAAUGGCGUGCCACCGCUUUCGGCCCAAGGAAUGGUCGUAAUUAAAGUAAAACGGUCUGACCCAUGUUUUACGGGCACCCUGGACUGCGGAGAAGAGCUUUGCCAGCGCAUUAACAGCACCCACGGAAACUGUGGAUGUCUGCGUGGUUACGAGCCAAAAAUGGGCACUUGUCAGCAAAUAGACGACUGCAAGGCUGGCUGCCAGUUUUGCGAUGAUCCGGACAAGGCAUGCAAGUCCAAAGCAACUUGCUUGCCAUGCAGCAACAACGGAACUUGUGUUGACAAGCUGAUGAGCUUCAGGUGUGUUUGUCAACCAGGGUUCACUGACGAUCGCUGCAAGACAAAUAUUGACGACUGUGCAGGAGCACCAUGUCAGCAUGGCACAUGCUUCGAUCUCGUUAACAAUUAUCGAUGCGAAUGCGACGAUGGUUACGAGGGUCGCAACUGUGAGAUCGAUAUAAAUGAAUGCAACAGAAAAGAGUGCGUGAAAGGUGACUGUUCAGAUCUUGUAGCAGGAUUUUCGUGUUCGUGCUCUGAAGGUAUCUGGGGCUUAGUAUGCAACAGACUGGAAAAAGAUUGUAAUCCUAAUCCAUGCGGUAAUAAUGUCUGCGUCCCUCCUGGGUAUGCCGAUGUUAAAAGCUUAGAUAAAGGUGGUCAAAAGGUUCUUUGUGCCACUGAGAACCAAGUAGUGACACUUUCUUUUCCUUCGACGUCAGUUCCAGAAAAUACCCUGUUGCAGAACAAAUGGAAAUACACAUUUAGAAGCUUUAUAACAAAAUUGGUUGAUAUCCCGUACUAUGCUGUUGACCUCGACGAAGAUUUAUCAAAUGGAGGCUUCUUUAAGGCUACUGAUGUUGUUAUGUAUCCCUUAAAGUCAUCAAAGACGAAGAGAAAUGUUCUCUCUGAAUCAAAGCAUGUUUUGUUUCCUUUGGCUAUCAGAGUUAAAGAUAACCUUGUGGCGCAAGAUUCUUUCUUGAGGGCUGUCAAUAAAACUUGUUCCAGAUUGCAAAAGUCUUCGAUAUAUUGGGUUUAUUGCGAUGCUUCCUACCAGCGGAUCAAGGAACUUGGUAUUACAGCCGAAACAGGAAAGAGUUCGAAAGACAAAGAGGGAGACGUUGGUGGCUUCAAGAUCCUUAAGGGUAACAACAUUUACAUUCUAAUUGGCGGUGGAGCUGGUUUAUUAAUGAUGGUCGCAUUUGUUCUAAUCGCACGAAUAAGGAAACGAAACGCACGUAGGAAUGCCGCUGCGGAGGCGACACAAUUUCCUGGCGAUGUUGGCGUUAACUAUUAUGAUGCAAUGGAGAGACAUAUAGCUAAGAGAUGUGACACAGAUGUUGCCAUGGUAAACCCAAUGUACGGCGAAGAUGAAAAUGAGGUCAAUAACCACAGCAAAAUGUUUUCUAACCCGUUAUAUGGAGCUACAAACCUUACUCACGACGAAGAUGACAACACUGAAACCAGUGAGGAUCCUGGCCUAACUAAUCCUUUGUACAGCCAAGUGCAGUGGUAUGGUGAUGAAGUCAGGUCAAACAAAGUGCCCAGUGACUCUGAUUGCUAAACUGUUUGGUUGGACUGCUCCAACUUGCUUGCAAUGAAGCUUGGUGCUGAUUUUGUAGAUAGUAAGCUUAGGGUUUAUUUUUUUCGUUUUAGAGUAUUAUCUUAAUUAUUUGCUGUGAUGAUAGAUAUUUUUUAUUUCCUGUGAUUAGAUUGCAAAGAAGGGGAUUCGUUGGACAUGAUCAUUAGUCAAGGAAAUUCCAGUCGUCGCUUAACCCAGAGCAUCGCGCUAUAGUGUAACCAGUCUGAAAGUUGUUGCUUAUUUUCUUGUACGAUGUGUCUGCAGCACUUCUGCAGGUGUUUUCUCUACGAUGUUUCUCCAAAAUACAAACUAAGACCAAUGUCUUUGAUUAAGUGUAAUUUGGUGGCCUAUUUUUUAAGGAAAAACUCCAAUUACUUAUGGAAGGUUAUGUUCUGUUUUUCAUUUAAAACUCCCAAUUCAAGUAUUUCCUUUCUGCUAAGGCAUAUUCUUUUUUGGUAGUCUAUUACACCACUUUAAGCAGCAAUUUCACGUUAAAACAUAGUAGGUCUUUAAAGAAAUUCUUGUCUCCUUCUUUGCUUUGAGCUAUUUGUGCAUUUGAUACGUAGUUUUGUUAGUUGUUUUAAUUACAAAUCGCUUUUCAAUGUCUCUUGCAUUGUUUGGAUUUUUGUGGAAUAUUAGAAAUGAAAGAAUUUGUUUUAAAUUUUGAAUUGUUCAUAAUUGAAAAAUGAAAGUUAUCAAAUUUUGAGAAGCAAAAUAUCCUUGACUGUUGUAAUAAUUAAUAUGUAAUGUUUUACUUGAAUAGUAUUGCAAAACCUAUUGUAAAAAGUAGAUUAAGCUUAGGGUUUAAAUCGUGGACUCCGGGAAAAUGGUUGUUCUGUGUGCACUGCCAGAUCAGGCACAUAGCACAACAUUAUUGCAAUACGUAGAACAUUGAUCAAAUCUUAGCUAUGCAUAAUCGUUGACCAAAUAGUGUUUCAACAGUUCAAAUGAGCUAACUCAAGCAAUCUCUCCGUAUUGACUUAGCCAGUUUGUAAAAGUCUGACUCAGCCAUAGCUGUCAAGAUUUGAUCGAUGAUUUGGUUUUUGGGGAAAGUAAUGUUAAAAUUUCUUGAAUCGAUUAUCUCGAUUGAUUAAUGUUGUACAGCACCAACUGGUUUGGUUUUAGGUUGAUUUUGUCAUUUUCGUAUUGUAUUGUAAAUGGACGUAUAAGGUGAUAGGGCACUGCUAGGCAGCUUAAAGUUGAAAUUUUUAAUUAGCCUCGUUCUUUGGAGCUGAAUUUCAAUUCAUGAGUCAUAUCUAAGGUCCUAGACAACGACGAAGUUGGCCAUACACCUGAACCCUUAACUUUGUCGGCCAUAUUCUUGAGUUGGGUCUGAUAUCCACACUAAGUUCUUGAAUAUAAUCUUUUUCCCCUAGUACGCUUUAGGACUCAAAACUAACCAGUUAUGUCUGUUUUGAAAAAUUGGAGAACAUGAAUGUCAUAUAUCAUAAGUUAAUUCAAGUUAACAAAAAGAGCUGCCUAUUUAGUAUAUUGCCCUACACGUAUCAAAACGUUUGGUAGCUUUUUAAAAUUUGUAGUCUUAUGAAAGUUACAGCUACUGAGCUCGUUUUCAAUUGCAUAAACACACACUUUUUGCACUUCAUAGAUUUUAGAUUUACUUGAUUUUUAUAAAAAAGUUGUAUUUUUCUGUCUCGCAAAGGCUCCUAAAUGCUCAUUCGAAUACUGUCAAAGGCCAUCGUUAUUUCAUCGUCAUCCAUCAAUCACCAUGUCUGGUAAAUGUAUACUGCCGUAAUGGGCGUAGGGACUAUGGGG